CCGCCGCCCGGCCCCCGCCCGGUUCGGCCCGGGCAGGAUGAUCAAGCUCUUCUCGCUGAAGCAGCAGAAGAAGGAGGAGGAAUCGGCGGGCGGCACCAAGGGCACCAGCAAAAAGGCCUCGGCCGCCCAGCUCCGCAUCCAGAAAGACAUCAACGAGCUGAACCUGCCCAAGACGUGCGAGAUCGACUUCUCCGACCAGGACGACCUGCUGCACUUCCGCCUCCUCAUCUGCCCCGACGAGGGCUUCUACAAGGGAGGGAAAUUCGUCUUCAGUUUUAAGGUCGGCCAGGGCUACCCCCACGACCCGCCGAAGGUGAAGUGCGAGACGAUGGUUUAUCACCCCAACAUCGACCUGGAGGGCAACGUCUGCCUCAACAUCCUCAGAGAGGACUGGAAGCCCGUCCUGACGAUAAACUCCAUCAUCUACGGCCUGCAGUACCUCUUCCUG